AUGGGGGAGGGGCGGGAUGCCGAGGGAGUGAUGAGCAUCCUGAGUAACCCCAGCGCCGUACCCUCUCAGCCCCAGCACGACUUUUCCAUUUCCCCUCUGCACAGCAGCCUGGAGAGCUCCAACCCCAUCUCAGCCAGCUGCAGCCAGCGCUCAGACACCAUCAAGAGUGUGGACAGCCUGGCCUCCUCCCAGUCCUACUGCCCCCCCACCUACAGCGCCACCAGCUACAGCGUGGACCCUGUCACUGCAGGCUACCAGUACAGCCAGUAUGGCCAGACUGCUGUAGACUACCUGGCUAAGAACGUGAGCCUGUCCACCCAGAGGAGGAUGAAACUCGGGGACCACUCAGCGGUGCUGGGGCUCCUGCAGGUGGAGACGGGACAGGCCUACUAA